AUGCGUUAUCAAGCGUUGAGUUUGGCUCUUCUUGGACUUGGCAAAAGCUAUGCAGCGCAUUUUUCGGAUACUUGCAACUCGUUCGACCUCCAGGGGUCUCUUCUGAUGGCAAAAUGUUCGAAAUCGCCUAAUGGUUACUACUACGAUACUGUGGUUGACCUGAACAAGUGUGUGGGAAAUAAAGACGGCGUUCUUAUAAGAGGGUGCAUGUGUUAUGGAACAAAGGGGGUGUUGGCCCCAUCUUCAGUCUUGAACCUGGACGAUUUCAUUAGCAACCAAGGGGGAACGCUAACCUGUGACCAAGAGGUCCAGGUAGCACCGUGA